AUAUUCAAUAAUAAAAAAUAAAAUAAAAAAUUAUAAAAAAAUAUUUAAAUGUAAUCUGAAAAAUAAUGUAUAAACCAAACUAUAAGAGAAAUAAAUUAUACAGAAAAAUCAUAGAUAUAUGUUACAGUUAGGAUAAGACCCUUAAACGAACAAGAAACACAAGAUAAUGAAAUUCAAUGUAUAAAUGUGGAACCAUAAUAUCCAAAUACAAUAUAUUUACAUUAAUCAAUGAAUUCUAAACUAUUUACUUUUGAUUAUAUAGCAAACGAAUAUACAAACUAAUAAGAAUUAUUUACAAAAGUUGCCCUUCCUUCAGCUGAUAAUUAUUUUUAAGGUUAUAAUACUUGCAUUUUGGCAUAUGGAUAAACAGGUGCAGGAAAAACAUAUUCAAUAACAGGACCAUAAAAAAUUAUAGAUAAUAUUUAAGAAAAUGAACACAGAGGCAUACUACCAAGGGUACUUGAUUAUUUAUUUUAGUACAUACAAAACUAAUUAAAUAAUGAAGAAAAUACUGAUUAUCUAGUAAAGUGUAGUUACAUAGAAAUAUAUAAUGAGCAUAUAAUUGACUUACUAAAUAUUUAAGAGAAAAACCUUUAAAUAAGAGAAGAUAUAAAAAAAGGUGUUUACAUAGAUGGAUUAACUGAAAUAUAAACUUUGAAUAGAUACACAGCAAUAAACAUAUUAAAAACAGGAACUAAAAACCGUCAUGUUGCUUUUACAUAAAUGAAUAGGGAAUCUUCUCGUUCUCAUUCAGUAUUUUGUAUUCAUUUGUAGCAAACACAACAUUAAAAAAGUGGAGAAUACAAAAAAUAUAGUAGAUUUAGUUUUGUAGAUUUAGCAGGAAGUGAACGAACAAAACAAUUAAAUGCGCAAAACAUUGAAAGGAUAAAAGAAGGUUGUAACAUAAAUAAAUCAUUAAGUAUUUUAGGAAAUGUAAUUAAUUCUUUAGUAGAAUAAGAAAGUGGUAAAAAUAGACAUAUUCAUUAUCGAGAUUCAAAAUUAACCUUCUUAUUAAAAGAUUCUUUAGGAGGAAAUUCCAAAACAAAAUUAAUUGCAAAUAUUUCGCCUUGUCAAUAGGCUUUUUAGGAAACUUUGUCAACAUUAAAGUUCGCUUAAAGGGUUAAAUUGAUAAAAAACAAAGUCACAAUUAACUAGGAUAGUAUUAAGAAUAUAGAAUUUAUGAAUUAGGAAUUAAUGAAGUUGAAAAUUGAGAAUAUAAAGUUUAGAGAAACGAUAUAAAAAAAUGAAAUAUAUAACAUAAAUUAGGAACUAAAUAAUAAUAAUAUUAUUAUUGAUGAUAAUAUUUUAAAAGUUUACUAAGAAAUUAAUAAGAAAAUGUAAGAAAGUGAAGAGUUAUGUCAUUACUAUUUAGAAUUAGCACAAGAAAAUGAAUAAAAAAGUAACGUUUAAUUAUGCUAAAAUCAAGAUUAAUUACUUUAACACAUGUAAUUUGCGAAAAUGUUCUAAUAAAAUGAACUUUAAUAUAGAUAAAUUAUUAAAUUAUAAUAAUAUAGAAUCGAUAAAAUAGAAAAGUUAUUAAAAACUUCUUAAGGAGGAAAUGAUUAAAAUUUAUUAAAUGAUUUGAAAGUAUUAAAUAAUGAGGAAUUGUAAAAAUAUAGAAACUUAUUAGAUAAUUAAUACUACUAUGGUAAACUUUUAAAGGAUAAUAUUUUUUUGAAAUAAAAGUUAAAUAAGAAUAUUCGAGGAUAAUUUCAUUCUUUAAAUACUUCAUUUUAAAAUAUUGAAAAAAAUAAGGAAAAUUUAGUCAAUAAAUUAACUAAUAAUAUGGAAUUCAAUAUUGAAUAGAGAGUUAAAAUGUAAUAAACAAUAAACGAAAUUGAAGAAAAAUAAGAAAAUGAAAAAAAAUAUAAAGAAAAUUUGUAAAAAAUAUAAGAAUAAUUAUAACAAAGUUAAUAAGAAAUUUUAUUUUUAAAAAAUUAAAUUUAAUAAUUGAAUAUUGUUUAAAAUGUAUUAAAAAAAAGAAAAAAAAAAAAUUUUUUUUAAAAAAUAAGGUUUUAAUAAAAGAAAAUGAAAACAUAUAAAAUGAAGAUAUAGGUCUUUUAGAUUAAACAUAAUUGA